GAACCUCCAAUAAUCUCGGAACUUUCUGCCGACUCUAAGGACCCAUUCAAGGAACACUAUGACAACGAAAUGGCUAUCCUCGCCCGGGCCUACCCAAAAUUGGGAAAAAGGCCUGCUGACAAUGCGAAGAGAUGCGAGUACCAAAAGGAAUACAUUCGUGAUCUGAAGGCAUGCAUCAAUGAUGCGGUAAUAUCGUACAAGUUGAAGCUGAUCGCAGAGGUCGAGCUUGAAGAAGAGAGUCAACUGAGGCAUAGUGCAGAGGAAGGUUUGUCGGUGUGGAAGCAAAAGGCAGAGAAGCUUGCGGGUUCUGAAGUGGAGUUGAAAGCUCGACUGGAAGAUGCUGACAAAAAAAUCUGCAAAAUUUCGGGCGAGGCCGCACAGUUGAAGGCGACCUGUGAGAACCUCAAAAUUGAAAAUGGUCAGCUUGCGAAGAGGUGCAGUGACAUUGCAAUCGAAAAAGACGCGCUAAGCGAGGACGUUGAACAGAAGGAGAAAGACCUUCUUGCCUUAACCAUGGACCGUGAUGAAAAGGUCAAGGAACUUGGUCUGCUUCGUGCUGGCAAAUUGGAGCUCGAGCGUUCCGUGGACUCCUUGAAGCUUUCUAUGCAAAGCGCCAACGAGAGGUUGGAAGAGGUGAAGUCAAGGCUUCUGGAUUCUGAAAAGCUUCUCCAGGAAAAAACGAAGGAACUGUUUGACCUGAACGUGGUAGCUGCCACACUGAGGUCCGCAGCCGACGAAAGGUCGGCGGCCACCGAUACGGUGCACUCCAUGAUGAAGGAUCAGAUUGACAAACUCACGAAGGAACAGGAGGAAAAUAAAAAGGCCAUCGACUUUCAACGGAAUCUGAUCGGUCAACUGACUGGGGAGGUUACUGCGAGGAGAGUGGAAGUCGAUCAGAAGGAAGUCGAGUUAAAGAAUCUGGAGGGGAUAUCACAGAGUGAAUGUGAUCUCAAGGCAGAGAUCACAAGGCUGAGGCGCGAGUUGGCUGAGAGGGAGCAGCUUUUCCGUAAGAAGGAUCUCCUGCUGCAAGAGAUGGAAAAGCGAAUGAAAGUCCUCCACAACCGGCUCAUGUUGAUGAAAGGGAACAUUAGGGUGUUUUGCCGUGUUCGUCCCCUGAGUGCGAAGGAAGGAGAAAGGAAUCCUGCUGCUAUGGCUGUACGGAUUCCCGAGAACAACAUUGACAACAAGAUCGCGGUUCAAGGGCAUGAAGGAGAUUUCAAGUUCGACAAAGUUUUUCCGCCUGAUACGACUCAGACGGUUGUGUUUGAAGAGAUCGCUGAUCUGGUUACUAGCGCAUUGGAUGGCUAUAAGGUGUGCGUCUUUGCGUAUGGCCAGACCGGCUCUGGGAAAACUUUUACCAUGUUUGGGGACACCACAGACGAGACACUUCGUGGAGUUAUUCCGAGAUCUAUGCAGCAGAUAUUUCUGGUCAGCCGUGAAAAGUUCACCAUGGGCUGGGAAUACACCAUUCAGGUCUCCCUCCUCGAGAUCCACAACGAGUCCAUUCGCGACCUGUUGAAAGGAUUCCACAACGAUGAAGAGGCUACAAGCUCGAAGCCUGAGAAGGGAAGUGCGGCGGCCAAAAAGGCAGAGCUUUCUCUCUACAACAUCAUUCACGAAAAGGAUGGCAGUACAACAGUGCUUGGCCUCAAAGUAGUCACCGUGCAGUCUGUGGAGGAUGCAGCUGAGGUUUUCGCUUAUGCACACAAGAAGAGGUCUGUUGGAAGGACAGACAUGAACGAGGAGUCGUCACGUAGUCAUGCGGUCUUCACCCUCAGGCUGAAUGGCAGGAAUCGGGACACUGGAGAGACGACACAUGGCAUCCUCAACUUGAUUGAUUUGGCAGGAAGUGAAAGACUUAAGAAGUCCAAUGCAACAGGAUCGACACGGACAGAGUCCAUUGCGAUCAACAAGAGUUUGAGCUCCCUGUCCCACGUCCUAGAGGCAAGAGCUAAGGGGGAACUGCCGCGCUACCGUGAUGGGAAGUUGACCUACCUGCUCCAGAAAUCAAUCGAGAAGGAGUCAAGGACCCUCAUGUUCCUCAACAUAUCACCGGACUGCUCAUCAACUGAUGAGACCUUGGGGUCACUCAAGUUUGGUGCGAUGGUCAAUUCGUGUGACCUUGGAGUUGCAAGCCGAGACAUUCGAAGUGUGGAUUCUGAAGCUGAGGAACGACAGAGGCGCAGCAGCACCAGCAUCAACCAUGGUGGCAAGAAGAAUGGCUAG